AUGUCCGGGCAGGGCCAUUUAGCGUCCAAGCCAAUCGGUAGCAUGGUUGAUAUUGAGUGUCCGUCACACGUGGGUCAAGAUAAAACAGAAAAGCGGGCAAUUGUUCCAGCCAACAACGGCAAUUUGAAAAGCAAACAUGAGAGAAACCAAGUCCAAGAGGUGCAAGAAAUAUCGACAAACUCGUCUGAUCCCCAAGGUAAUGUGGAUGUGGUUGAACAGUUGAAAAGCGAAAGCCAAGAUAAAGUGAUAGCGUCUAGCGCGGGAAAGCGCUUCAGAAACAGCAAAGUUCACCCCAUGGAAACGUUAUCAGUGACAGACUCAAGGGCUACUGGCUUGAGUGAUGAUGAAGACUCGAACGGGCUGAGCACUGUCGAUUUAUCGGCUUCAAAACGGCGGAGUUCUUCUCUCUGGACAUCUCUUCGAGCAGCUGUCAAUUUCAACUCAGCCUUCCUUGCCAAGAGAAGAGUCAAAAACACCACAAGAAGAGUGGAUUCUUUCCUGGAGAAGUUUACCACUAGAGGCAGAGAGACCAUUGGGUAUGAUGACCCAGAGAGCGGUACGAAAAACGGGGAGGAGUCCGAGAUUGAAGAACCGAAAACUUACAUUUUGGAUCCCGAUGGGAACUUCAUAUUUUACUGGCUUCUUGUGAUUGCCAUAGCUUUUGAGUACAAUGUAUGGUUUCUCAUUGCUCGAGAGGCGUGGCCGGGAUUACAAGAACAGGGAGGGGCGGCAUGGUUCGUUUUAGAUUACCUCUUCGAUUUCAUCUAUCUCUUGGAUAUAUGUGUCCAGUUACGUACCGGAUUCCUCGACCAUGGCAUUCUGGUAAACGAUGGGAAAUGUAUUGCAAGACACUACAUGCGAUCGCGGAGUUGUGCGCUGGAUCUGAUAGCAUUGACCCCUUUAGAUUUCCUGUACAUCAUAAACCCGUCCAGACUGCAUACAAUAGUUCGAUUUCCUCGUCUCUUGAAGGCUUAUCGACUAGUCACCUGGUAUUACAUGGCCGAGGCAAAGGCCACUCUACCGGCUGUCUUCCGGAUUGCUAACAUCUGUCAUAUUCUGUUGCUUCUUGUGCACUGGUUGGCUGCCUUAUAUUUCUUAUUUUGCGAAAGGAUUGGGUUCGGUAGCGGAGAAUGGGUGUACCCAGAUCCUGAGGGAGAAUUCAAUUCCACAGCCAGAAUGUAUCUCAUGUCCUUCUACUGGUCUACGCAGACUUUGACAUUAAUCGGGGAUGUCCCAAUGCCAUCCUCGGAAUGGGAGUACGUCUUUCAAAUAAUCAGCUAUCUCAUUGGUGUCAUUGUAUUCGCUACAGUAGUCGGACAAGUUGGCAUUGUGGUAGAAAAUCGAAAUUCAUUGCGGUUGGAAUUUGAAAGACACGUGGACAAUGCCAAGAAAUACAUGAGCACAUAUAAAGUCGCGAAAGAUGUUCAAAACCGGGUCUUACUGUGGUAUUUCUACUCAUGGAAAAGGUCAAAAACAGAUGUCAACAGUUUAGGGCCCUUACCAACAAAACUUAGAACAGAACUAGCAAUCCAUGUUCAUCUGAAAACCCUUAGAAAGGUCAAUAUCUUUAGGGAAUGUCCUCCUGAGUUUCUCCACGACCUCGUUCUCAAGAUGCACACUUGUAUCCAUACUCCGGGUGAUCUGGUUUGCCGCCGAGGGGAGGUGGCUCGGGAGAUGUUUAUCAUUUCAGACGGUCUACUUGAAGUUGUUCGAUCAGAUGGAGAGGUCCUUACAACUCUUCAACCGGGUGAAUUCUUUGGUGAAAUCGGCAUCUUGAAUCUUGGUGGAACUGCAAACAGGCGUACGGCCGACGUACGAUCGGUGGGCUACUCUGAACUCUUCAAACUUUCCAAGGGAGAUGUCUUGGACGCUUUGAGAGACUUCCCACAAGCUCAGGAGAAGCUGGAGGAGGAGGCUAGGCGACGAUUAAGCAUCAAUCGCAAGUCUCCCUUACUGAAGGCUCGAGCUGUACGCGGAUGGGAUCCAAGCUGUACUGAAGCGUCAGAUGCGGAGCGACUGGUUUCAAAGGCUACGGAGGGAAGGGAACAAGAUCGACUUUUUGCAGCAAGACAUAACCCUGUCUCGUCUCCCGAAGCAAGUCCUUCUUUGCCCCGUGGAGACGCCACCCGCGAUGAAAAUUCGUUCCGCCCCCUGCUCUCGUCACGAGCGUGGAAACCUAAACCACCCGUCCCACUGAAACCAUCUCGACGAAAGAGAGGCUCAAAAGGGAGUGUGAAUUCGAAAGGAAAUGAAGACGAGGCUUGGUUGGCAGAUGUCAUGUCAACUAUUCGAGAAAUGCUUGAGGAAAGACUGGAUCAGUGUAACAAGGAAAAUCAACAACUGAUUCAUCGCAUCAGGAAACUGGAAGAGGAGCUGAAGACGAAAGAGAUAGAGAAUGAUCAGAAAGAUAUCGAAAUUAAGAAACUCAAGGAGAAACUUGGCAUACUAGAGGACAUCUUGAAAACUGGUGUUAAAGAGUGUUAGGACUGAAUGACACCUGCAGCACCGGAGGAGUUUAGAGAUGCAAUGCAAACAAAACUAUCGAUCGAAGGACAAGAGAAAAAGGGCUUUCCUUGAGUAUUGACUGUUGAGGAGCAACGACUCUGUCGUUCUGUUCAGGGCUUAAAGAAAUGGCUUAUCCUUUUGUAUGUUUCCAUCAAGUUUGUACGAUACCCAACCCACUAAUCACAACAACGUUCGAAGAGGCACGUUUUGAAGUUGUCUCUGCAGAAAGGAAUGUCUCUCAGUCAUCACUUCAUGUAUAGGCUAAGAGCAUGUACCCUGAUGUGGGCAAACUGGACUUAAUAUGCCCUUGGGCAGUGGUGUAACAAGGGUGACAAUUGGGAUCACUUGUAAUUGCCAGUGGGCGCUGAAAAACAAAUAAGCUGUGGCUUGUAGUUUCGCUUUUCCAUUGUAAGGUCUCUGGCUGGGGGGGUUGGACGCGAAGCCGCAGACAUCCACCGAACGCCCUGGUUAUAUACUCCCCUGAGUUACGCUGAUAUCCUGACUGUGCAAUCGUGCAUUUGUAUCAAUAGCAAUAUUAUAAUGUCGUAUUGUAUAGUUUUUAAUGUUGUAUGGCAAACUGGUUCCGAAGCUUUCAGUUGAAAGAAAACAUCCAAGAAAUUUUUUGAAGUCUAAA